AUGUCUCAAAAGUCGGGAAGAUCUUCUCCAUCUCCAAAAGAGGAUGACACUCAACUGCAGGUCCCUCCUACUCGAUCAUCCACAUCUUCGCAGCCUGAUGUUGGACCUCAAACUCGCUCUGCUGGUCUUCCCACCAACAUCAAACUAAAAGUCGCUACUCAAAUGAGUAGACUACAACUCAUGAAGGACAUCUUCUCCAAGCUGUCCAACGUCUCAACAUGGACUGUGCAAGAUCUGUCACACACUCAAGAACACCUGCAAGACCUUCACAAGAACUUCUCAAAGACUCACUCGUAUUUUGAGUCAGCGUGGCCUGAGUCGUGUCUCGACCACGAAUACUUCGCAUCUUCAGUCUUCUUCGAGGAAUACUCUCUAUUCCAAUCAGCCAUCUCGAAAUUAAUACAACUCAAUAUGUCACUCAAUCCUGUGGAUUCACAGCCAUCCACUUCUGCUCAAGCCCCUCAAUCUUCUCAAACUCGUCCUCGAUUGCCUGACAUCUCAAUUCCCACCUUCUCAGGCGACUUCUCAAAAUGGCCUGCAUUCCGAGAUCUUUUUCAAUCACUCGUCAUCAACAGCACCUCAAUUUCUAACAUUGAAAGGUUACAUUACCUUCGGACAUGUCUCUCUCAAGAACCUCUCGACACCAUCUCUAGUCUUCCCUUAACGGAAGUCUCGUUCCCCAUAGCUUGGAAGAAGCUUAUGGACAAAUAUGAGAAUAAAAGGCUGCUCCUCUCUUCUCAAUACGCAAAACUUCUCUCCUUCUCAUUGGCGAAUCAGAAAAAUUCUACCGCCUCAUCUCUUCGUCAAUUUAUUGACAGCAUCGUCAAUCCUCUCCAAAGUUUGAAAGCUCUAGGUGAAGAUCUAGAGCAGAACAAUAAUCUUUUGGUGUUCCAUAUCAUCAAUCGUAUGGAUCACGCCUCUCGCACUCAUUGGGAAACUCUCAUCUCCUCUAAUAACGAAUUUCCCUCCUUCGCUCAGUUGAUGGAGUUCCUCCAAUCUCGCUCCAGAGCUCUAGAAUGGACUGAGUCCAAUCAGAGACAGUCAUCUCAAGAAUCCUCUCGCUCUCGCACAACAGUGCACACCAUCUCUCAAAAGGUUACUGCUCCAAUUAAACCUUCUCCUCCACUCAUCUCAAGCAAAUCGGCCUCCUCGAACACUCCAAUCUCGAAAGUCUCUUCUAUGCCGGGCUACACCUGUGAUGAUUGUGGACGCGACCACUUCGUUGCAGAUUGCCCUCGCUUCUCCAAGCGCUCACCUCAGGAAAAAGCUGAUGUGGUGUUACUUCGCAUCCUCUGCUCCAACUGCCUCGGUAGACAUCAUCGCCACUCUUGCAGAACGACAAAGAUCUGCAAAAUCUGUGGAAGUCGUCAUCACACUCUUCUACAUGAUGCUCCUCUCAGCAGUAAACCACACUGCAAAGUUCCACCGGUACCCCCUCGAGUGCUUCCUCAAUCAGCUCUCACAUCUCAAAAAUCUGCUCAAAGGGAGCUACCUCAACCACGACUCAACACUCUCCUCGCCACUGCCAUCGCCCAUCUCAUCACCUCAACAGGAUCACACACGGUUCGACUACUCAUCGACAGUGGAUCCGAGCUGACCUUCAUCUCUCAAGAUCUAGCCAGAAAACUCAACACCUCUAGAAGGAAGUCGCAUGUUACAAUUGUGGGAAUUCAUGGAAAGACUUUUAAGACACAAGGAUCUCUUGCCCUCACUCUCAAGUCGACGUAUGACCAUCAAACCAUAAAUAUUGAUGCUCACAUUCUCUCAUCAUCUUUCUCUAAUUUGCCUUCCUUCUAUACAUGUUUUCAGCAAUCUAUACAUCUCCAGCAUCUCAAGUUAGCUGAUCCAGAAUACCACAUCUCAAGAGCCGUCGACAUCAUUUUGGGUGCUGAUGUAUAUGGCUCAGUUGUUCUUCCUCAGAUGAAAAAAGGCCCUCCAUCAUCUCCAAUCGCGCAACUCUCAAUCUUCGGCUGGCUAAUCCUAGGACCUGUGUGUCAAGAACAGGAACGCCUUCCAAUCCAAUCUCCAAUGUUUCAUACUGUUCAAGAUGAAGACCUUCAUCAUCUCCUCACUAAGUUUUGGGAACAGGAAGAAAUUCAACCAACGUCUACGUCACAUCUCACCUCUGACGAGCAAGAAUGUGAAAACCACUUUGUCUCCACUCACUCUAGGCUCUCCUCAGGGAAAUACAUGGUAAGAUUACCAUUGAAAUCAUCUAUUGACGUCUUAGGUUCUUCCAGACAACGAGCCUUCCGAUGUCUGCAAGCCUUGAUUCGGAAAUUCGACAAGGAUCCUGACUACUCUCUGCUCUACCACCAAUUUCUCGAUGAAUAUGAACUCCUCCAGCACAUGCAACCAGUCUCGUCAGAAAAGGUCCACUCAAGAUAUUUUCUUCCUCAUCAUGGUGUUCUCAAAACAGACAGCUCUACAACGAAACUGCGAGUAGUCUUCAACGGCUCCAGCCCCACCUCAACUGGUAUUUCUCUCAACGAUAUUAUGCACACCGGAGCGAAACUGCAACUCGACGUGAUAGAUGUUCUUAUGUGGGACACAGGACCGGUUUCAGGCACCGAGAAUUCGAUGAUGAGUCAGACGAAAAGCGAAGAAGAAUAUACGAGUGACGAUGGAAAAAGAAAGAGAACAACCGAUGAUGAUGAUCCAUUUAGAAGAGGCAAAAAACUGACUAGGACGCCGCAAAAAAGCAAACCUAGUGAUGAAAAGAUGGAUAGGUUAAUGAUGAUGAUGGAAGUAUUGAUGAAUGACAUGAAGGAGAUCAAAACGAAUCAGAGAGAGUAUCAAGAAGAAAUGAAGCGCAUGAAGGAAGAAAAUGAGAAAAUUAAGAGAGAAAAUCAAAUGUUAAAGAUUGAAGCUAAGAAUAUAAAAACCAGGCUCGACAAUAUGGAGAACGAAAAACGAAGAAACAACGUGGUGGUGAGUGGGUUGAAGCUGGUAAAUACAGAGCAGAAAUCGAUGAAGGGUGAAAUUAAGGAAUUUUUCAGGGGGAAUAUGGAUCUGGAGAUUGAACCAAAAAAUAUCAACAAAAUAGGACCCAAUAUGUGCGUAAUUGAGCUGGAGGAUAAAUUCGAGAAAAUGAAAAGUGAUGAAAAGUAA